GACAUCUCACGCGGCACCAACCCCCCUUUACCACGGACCCUACCGCGCGCUUUAAAAGCAGCCAGAAGGUGCAUGCGCGGCUCUGUCUUCAUUCUUUCGAUUAUCUGAAGAGGAGAGAUAUACAGAAAGGGGCAUGGGGAAGACCAGUUCGUUGUUGGAGGAUCUGAUAGAGAAGGCUGGUGGGUGCGCCGUGGUCGAUGGAGGGUUCGCAACCCAGUUGGAGAUUCAUGGUGCAACCAUUAACGACCCUCUGUGGAGCGCUCUUUGUUUGAUCAAAGACCCUGACCUCAUCAAACGGGUUCACUUGGAAUAUUUGGAGGCUGGUGCCGAUAUAUUGGUGACUUCAUCUUACCAGGCCACAAUUCCUGGAUUUCUGUCUAAGGGACUUUCCAUUGAAGAAGGGGAGUUGUUACUUGAAAGGAGUGUCAGAUUGGCUGUUGAAGCACGUGAUAAAUUUUGGGAUGUCACGAAAAGGGUUCCUGGACAUGGCUAUAAUCGAGCUUUAGUCGCAGCUUCCAUAGGAAGCUAUGGAGCAUAUCUUGCUGAUGGUUCAGAAUACAGUGGGUGUUAUGGGCCAGAUAUGAAUCUAGAUAAGCUGAAGGAUUUUCACCGGCGCAGAUUACAAGUUCUUGUGAGAUCAUGUCCAGAUCUGUUGGCCUUUGAGACCAUUCCUAAUAAACUUGAAGCUCAGGCUUGUGUUGAGUUGCUUGAAGAGGAAAAUGUGCAAAUUCCAUCUUGGAUCUGCUUCAGCUCAGUAGAUGGUGAGAAUGCACCAUCAGGAGAGAGUUUUAAGGAGUGCCUAGAUAUCAUAAAUAAGAGUAAAAAAGUAAAUGCAGUUGGAAUCAAUUGUGCACCACCCCAUUUCCUUGAGAGCCUCAUCUGCAAAUUCAAGGAGUUGACUGAGAAGCCAAUAGUUGUUUAUCCCAAUAGUGGUGAGGUAUGGGACGGUAGAGCCAAGAGAUGGCUGCCAUCAAAGUGUUUCGGUGAUGACAAAUUUGAGUUGUAUGCAACAAAAUGGCGUGAUUUGGGUGCUAAACUCAUUGGAGGGUGUUGCCGGACCACACCUUCCACCAUUCGAGCCAUUUCAAAGGUUCUAAAAGAGAUGUCCUGAGCUCUCUUUUUUCAUUCGAGAGAGAAUCUACUCAGUAGUUGGCCAUUUAAGUUAGGUUGUUCGCCGGGUCAUAAUUUAUUUUAAGUUACAUGUAUUCAUUGGAAUAAUAUAUUUAAAAUCAUUCAUAUUCCUUUUUUCUGGUCAA